AAACUCUCAUGCGUUCGCUUUAAAUCGCUCAACGGAACUCAGACAUAGGAGAAAAACGUCGACAAGAUGGCGCAAGAAUUAGUCACUCUUUUUUGUUUGGUGUGCUGCAGUUAUGAGAAUCUAAGAGACGGGCUAGAUAAACCGCAUACGGUAUUGAAAAGUACGUCUUUAAGAUUUCAUAGCCUAGCAAUGAAAGCCACUUUCGUUCUGUUCUUAUUUGUCAUAGCUACACUACAUUUCAUUCAAGCAAAGCUUGCCUAUAUUCCACCAAAGAUUGCCUUGGCUCCACCAUUGAAAAAGGCUGAGUGCAAGGAAUACCCUGGUGGAAUAACAUUUUCUGAAGAAAUGACGAGACCGCUUGCGAACAAUCUUUUAUUGUGCGAUUGCCAUCGUAUCGAUGUUUUCGUUGGUGUUUCAUACGCAGCUGUUCGUCUCGCUAUAAACCCGCUUGCAAUUUUAGCCACUGGAAUCAAUAUGAACCGAUUUUUCCUCAUUGCCUUCUUAAUAUUCUCCACUGUAACUGUCACAGGAUCAGGAGUUUGCUAUCAAAAUUUGAAUCGAUGCACACCAGAGACAGCGUUCGCCACUGGAAUCAUAUGGAAAAAUUGCGCCGACUAUUGCCAGAAAUGUAAGGGAAGAGCAGGAGGACAUUGUGAAAAAAUGUAUACUAAAGAAUGCAAUGGGGGUUAUCAGUGCAGAUGUGCUGGACCAGAUCGUCCCAAAUCAACAAAUCCUCUCGACAUUGCCACAUGCAAACUCGGAUUAUGAUCGAAUAUAUGUAAAAUGCUUUGGAAAUCUAAUAAUGCAC